AUGCCACUACGGAGGCCAAAGACUAAAAAGACAGUGGAAAAGCUUGACAAUGCUCCGAGCACCCCAAGCAAGGCUCCCGCUGAUCCCAAUGAAAUCCCCAUCACAAAAGGCUCCUACACUUUUGAUAUUGACAAGUGGGAUGAUCCCAAUUUUAACCCCUUCUCCUCUAGUACAAAAAUGCAAGAAUCGCCCAAACUGCCUCAGCAAACGUACAGCUUUGAGCCAGACAUGUGUGAGGACUCUGCUGACCCUUUCAAGUCUUCUUCUAAGAUAGCCAGCUCGCCCUCUAAGUCUCCAGCUUCCUUUGAGAUACCAGCCAGUGCCAAUGAAACAAAUGGAACUGAAGGAGACAACUUGAACAAGCCUGCAAAAAAGAAGAAGACGCCACUGAAAACUGAUACAUUUAGGGUGAAAAAAUCACCAAAAAGAUCCCCGCUAUCAGAUCCUCCUUCCCAGGAUCCCACUCCACUGCCUACUCCAGAAACUCCUCCUGUCAUAUCCACGGUGGUUCAUGCGACAGAUGAGGAGAAACUGGCAUCCUCAGUGACCAGUCAGAAGUGGACCUGCAUGACUGUGGACCUGAACACAGAUAAGCAGGACUACCCCCAACCCUCUGACCUGUCCACCUUUGUCAACGAGACCAAGUUCAGCUCCCCUACAGAGGAAUUGGAAUACAGCAACUCAUAUGAAAUAGAAUAUAUGGAGAAAAUAGGCUCCUCUGUGCCUCAGGACGAUAGCACCCCGAAGAAACAAUCUUUGUACCUAAUGUUUGAUGCCCAGCAGGAGAGCCCUGUCAAAUCACCUCCCAUCAGGCUGUCUGAUUCCACCACGCCGUGCUCAGGGUCAAGUUUUGAAGACCCUGAGUCCCAGCAAUCCUCUGGAAUGAAAAUACAACAUCCAGCUUCCCGAGUCCUAGCUGUCAGCCAAGAGGCUCACUUGCAGUCACCUGACAAGUCCAAGCCAAAAGACCUGGAGCCCAUGACGCUAGGAACAACUCCAGAGGCUAUUGAAAUAAGGGAGCCUGCCAUCCCAGCAGAUGUGUCCAUCUCUAAAAGUGCACUGUACUCCCGCAUCGGCACCUCGGACGCAGACAGCACUGCCAGCCUCCUCUACCCCCAGCAAGACUUAGACUCUGCACUACGACUUGCCAGAGCAGAGAUUGUGGCCAAGGAAAGAGAAGUAUCUGAGUGGAAAGAGAAAUAUGAAGAAAGCAGAAGAGAAGUGAUGGAAAUGAGGAAGAUUGUUUCGGAAUACGAGAAGACGAUUGCUCAGAUGAUAGAGGAUGAACAGAGAGAGAAAUCUGUCUCCCAUCACACUGUUCAGCAGCUGAUAGUGGAGAAGGAGCAAGCUUUGGCAGAUCUGAACUCAGUGGAGAAAUCCCUGGCAGAUCUUUUCAGGAGAUAUGAGAAAAUGAAAGAAGUCCUGGAGGGGUUUCGGAAGAAUGAAGAAGUGUUAAAAAAAUGUGCACAGGAGUACUUAUCACGAGUGAAGAAGGAGGAGCAAAGGUACCAAGCCCUCAAAAUCCAUGCUGAGGAAAAACUGGACAGAGCCAAUGCUGAAAUUGCACAAGUGAGAGGCAAGGCUCAGCAAGAGCAAGCAGCCUAUCAGGCCAGCCUUCGGAAAGAGCAGCUGAAAGUGGACGCCUUGGAACGAACACUGGAACAAAAGAACAAAGAGAUAGAAGAAUUAACAAAGAUUUGUGAUGAACUGAUUGCCAAAAUGGGGAAAAGCUAACUUUUAACCAAAUCUCUGGACUUGGAUCUCGAGUGCAAUAUGACCACUGGCACACUGCUGCCCAUGCCUUUCCGUGGGCAGGUUCUAUUUUCACUUUUUUUCGUAUGCACUACUGUAUUUUCUUUCUAAAUAAAGUUGAUUUAAUUGUAUGCAGUACCAAGAUGACUAUCAGAAUUUCUUGCUAUUGUUUGCAUUUUCAUAGUAUAAUUCAUAGCAAGUUGAUCUCAAAAGUUCCUGUAUCAGGGAGAUUGUCAAGUUCUCGAAGAAAUUACAAAUUGCUGAUCCUAAGCCUUCCCUUUGUACAUGAGUUCCCAUGUUGGAUGUCUUUUGGAUUUAAUAUAAACAUGUAUUACUUGCAUGGGAACUCUUGCCUUAAGGAGUGUAAACUUUAUCUGCAUUUGCUGAUUUGUAAAAUAAAGUUUAAAAGGAAAAAAAAGAAAAGGGGUGGGGGGAAAUACCAGAAAAGGCAAUGCAUG